AUGAAAGUAAAAGGAAACGAUGUCGUCGUCGAUAAUCGCUGGAUCGUUCCAUAUAGUCCACUUUUGUCAAAAACGUUCUCAACUCACUGCAAUGUUGAGUAUUGCAACUCCAUCAAAUCAAUCAAAUACGUUUUCAAAUAUGUGAACAAAGGGAGUGACAUUUCUGUGUUUUUCAUUGCUGAUCAAAAUGCAAACGAUGAGGUGACAAAAUUUCAACUUGGACGUUACGUGAGUUUUCACUUGGAGAACGGCCAACGUGUCUACUUUACGGAAGCAAAUGCAGCGCAAAGAGCAGAACGACCACCAGCAACAACAUCGACAAAUUUUUUUUCGACAUAA